CUCCUCCCACACCCCAGCAUGGCCACAUCCACCAUGUCCGUCUGCUCCAGCACUUGCUCUGACUCCUGGCAGGUGGAUGACUGCCCAGAGACCUGCUGUGAGCCCCCCUGCUGCGCCCCCAGCUGCUGUGCCCCAGCCCCCUGCCUGACCCUGGUCUGCACCCCAGUGAGCUGUGUGUCCAGCCCCUGCUGCCAGGUGGCCUGUGAGCCCAGCCCCUGCCAAUCAGGCUGCACCAGCUCCUGCACGCCCUCUGGGGCUUCUUCUUCAUGCUGCCAGCAGUCUAGCUGCCAGCCAGCUUGCUGCACUUCCUCCCCCUGCCAGCAGUCCUGCUGCGUGCCCGUCUGCUGCAAGCCCGUCUGCUGUGUGCCCGUCUGCUGCAAGCCUGUGUGCUGUGUGCCUACCUGCUCUGAGGAUUCCUCUUCAUGCUGCCAGCAGUCUAGCUGCCAGCCAGCUUGCUGUACCUCCUCUCCAUGUCAGCAGUCCUCCUGUGUGCCCGUCUGCUGCAAGCCUGUCUGCUGCAAGUCUGUCUGCUGUGUGCCCGUCUGCUCUGGGGGUUCCACUUCAUGCUGCCAGCAGUCUAGCUGCCAGCCGGCUUGCUGCACCACCUCCUGCUGCAGACCCUCCUCCUCUGUGUCCCUCCUCUGCCGCCCUGUGUGCAGGUCCACCUGCUGCGUGCCCGUCUCCUCCUGCUGUGCCCCCGCCUCCUCCUGCCAGGCCAGUUGCUGCCGCCCGGCCUCCUGCGUGUCCCUCCUCUGCCGCCCCGUGUGCUCCCGCCUCUCUUCUGCGUGCUGCGGCCUCUCCUCAGGCCAGAAGUCCAGCUGCUGAUGGGCAGGUCCUGUUUCUCCAGAGUUGUUCCAGGGCCAUCUCUGACUUCCGAAAA